UUUCCUUUUUGUCGUCUCACUUUUCGAGCGACAGUCACUUCUGAGGGCUUGAUUGAGCCAGAGAGAGCCUGAGGGAAGCCGAUUGGAGGGAAGAAAUGGAGGGCAACAGGGACGAGUCGCUCAAGUGCAAGAACCUGGCGAUGAAAGCCAUGCAGUCCGGCGACUUCUCCAAGGUGCGCUCUCAGACAGACAGACAGACAGACGAACAGACAGAAAGACAGACAGAUGAACAUGGAGAGGCAAUGUCCGUUUGUCUGUCGUUCCAGGCGCUUCGGUUCCUGGAGAAAGCGCAGCGGAUGUACCCGACAGAGGAGGUAGCCAACCUCAUCUCCUCCAUUCAGGUCAAGCUCAGCAGUGACACCAGCAGCUCGUCAGCUGGCACCGGCGAAGGCGCCGGAGCACAUCCGGUGAGCAAACCGCCGAGCAGCGAGACACACACUGACUGAUGUGAUGCGCACCCAUCCGGCUUCUCUCUCCCUCUGUGCAGGCGCGUCAGCGGAGCGAGCCAGCGUCUGGAUCAACAACUGCGAGCAGCAGCAUGAACGGGGUUGGGGGGAGCGGCAAUGGCAAUGGGAAUGGCAACGGCAACUACACGCCCGAGCAGGUGGCCCAAUGUCAGAAGAUCCUCAGGACAAAGGACUUCUACGAGGUGCUGGGCGUACCCAAAGACUCGACAGAGGACCAAAUCAAAAAGGCCUACCGCAAGGUCACCAACGAGCGAGGCAGACAGGGAAAUACCAUUGGUAUACAUGGCAAGUGCAAGUGUGUUGUCUUGGUGCGUGUGCAGAUGGCUUUACAGCUUCACCCUGACAAGAACAAGGCGCCUCACGCAGAGGAGGCUUUCAAGAAGGUGAACACCGAACAAGCGCAGCGUAGCUCAGCUUCCAUGCUCUGUCUGUCUGUCUGUCUGUCUGUGUGGUGUUCAGCUAUCCAAGGCCUUUCAGACGCUCAGCGACAAGGAGAAGCGAGCAACAUACGACCGAUACGGUAUGGUGGAAAGCAGCAAGACCCCGCACACCCCCCCCACACACGCAUCACGUGCAUCGUCAUGCGUCUGUGCUGCUGCAGGUGACGAGGAGCACGUUCCCCAGUCAUAUCGGACGCAGUACGAGGCCGAGUUCAUGACACCUGAGGUCAGGAGGAACGGCAUGAAAUCUGAUCAACACCACAUCCAUCUCUGCCAUUGUGUGCGUGCGCGUGUGCGGCAUCCACUCGUUGGUUGGUUCAGGAGUUGUUCCAGGCGUUUUUCGGCAUGGAUUUUGAUCGCAUGAACGCCAUGCACCACCGGGGCGGGCGGGUCUACCGAUUCAGAUCAAGAGGGCCCUCCACCGAACAAGAGUGAGGGAGGGGGGAGGGGGGAGGCGCAUGAAAUGAAUGAAUGCCCCACUCAUCCGACGUCUGUGCCCUGGAUUGUCUGCGUGUAGGCGUCGUGGUCAGCAGAUGCUGAAUCUGAUUCAGCUGGUGCCGGUGCUGAUCAUCAUCGCAUUCACGCUGCUCUCCAACAGCUUUAUCGGACACCAGGUGACCUGGGAGGGACAUACACACGUAAAAAGGCCACGCGCCCGCCCGGUGCUCACCGUUCUCCCUCCCUUGUGCACUCGUUCGUUCGUUCAGCGUCCCCAGUUCAGUUUGCUGCGCAGGCAGGGCUUUCCGAUAGAGCGGAAGACCCAGGGGCUGGGCGCGAAAUACUAUGUCGAUACGACAUUCCACGAGAGCUACCCAAGAGGGUCCAGGAAACUCAGAGACGUAAGCAAGAGGGGCCGUGGGCACACGCACAUGUCCAUGUAUUCAUUGGUUCUCUUCAUCGCAUCUGUUUGCAGUUUGAGAAGCAGGUUGAGCUCCACUAUGCCGAGGAUCUGCGCGCCAAGUGCGGCCACGAGGAGCAGACGAUGCUCAUGGCCAUACAACGGGCCAAGUACAGAGGAGACAGUAAGUGCCCCACACGCCCUGCAAUGCACGGCACUGCACCGACGCCGCUUUGACCAUGGUGGCUAUGCUUUGUAUGUGUGUGUGACAGAGGAGGAAGCCAAGCGCGCGAAGGAUCGGCCGAAGCCAAGCUGCAGAGAGUUCCACGAGAUACGGGUGAGGGACCAAACACAUGCUCACACCACCGUGACUGCCACCCUGAUGUGUUGUGUGUCUGCCUGUGAUUUUGUCCGUCAUGGAACACAGCGCAAGUUUCCGCACAUAGCGAGAAGUGAGUACGUGUAUUAUUGGUGAAGUGACGAUCUUCGGCCCCUGGAUGGCCGUGUGCGUGCAGGGGGUGCGGCCGUGUCGUUUUUGACGCCCAAUCCUGGGCGUGCCUCGAAAGGGUUGUGGUGGGUCGGUCGUCAUGUAGAUGAAGUUUGGGAGAGAGUGUGAUUGCUGUUCGUCUGCGUCGUUCUUGCUGUAUGUGUCUCGACAUUGAUCUGGUCACUGACUCAAUUUCAUUGUUUGGUAUUGGUCAAUCGAUUGCAAGUGUGUA